CGGGGGACCGACCGCAGCGCAGCUCGGGCCGCCGCGCGCAGACACGGGGCCCAGCUCCCGAGGGCGCCAGCGCGGCCCCGGGGAGCGCGAGGAGCCGGCGAGCGCGCGGCCUGCUGUUGGCGGCCUGGUCCGCCACGCUCGGCGCCCACCCGCCCCCGAGGUGGGGUCCAAGCCCCCGGGAAGAUGGUGUCCUGGAUCAUCUCCAGAGCCGUGGUGUUGGUGUUUGGAAUGCUUUAUCCUGCAUAUUAUUCAUACAAAGCUGUGAAAACAAAAAACGUGAAGGAAUAUGUUCGAUGGAUGAUGUACUGGAUUGUCUUUGCUCUCUAUACUGUGAUUGAAACAGUAGCAGAUCAGACAGUUGCUUGGUUCCCCCUGUACUAUGAGCUUAAGAUUGCUUUUGUCAUAUGGCUGCUCUCUCCCUAUACCAAAGGAGCAAGUUUAAUAUAUAGGAAAUUCCUUCAUCCACUACUUUCUUCAAAGGAAAGGGAGAUUGAUGAUUAUAUUGUACAAGCAAAGGAACGAGGCUAUGAGACUAUGGUAAACUUUGGGCGGCAAGGUUUAAAUUUAGCAGCUACUGCUGCUGUCACUGCAGCAGUGAAGAGCCAAGGAGCAAUAACUGAACGUUUACGAAGUUUCAGUAUGCAUGAUCUAACAGCUAUCCAAGGUGAUGAGCCUGUGGGACAAAGAGCAUACCAACCUCUCCCAGAAACAAAAAAGAAAAGUAAACCAGCCUCCGGUGAAUCACCAGGUGAUGGAAUUCCACUGAGAGAUGGAGAUGGGAAAACAGAUGAAGAAGCGGAUGGGCCAUAUUCAGAUGAUGAGAUGUUAACACACAGAGGGCUACGAAGAUCACAAAGCAUGAAAUCUGUGAAAACCGUGAAAGGCCGAAAAGAGGUGCGGUAUGGGUCACUGAAAUACAAAGUGAAGAAGAGACCACAAGUUUAUUUUUAGUCAUGUACAUGUCAAGUAUCCCAAGACAAAUUAUGCUAAUACAUCAACUUUUUUUUUUAACAUCAUAUAUUCAGGAUUUAUACAUUAAAAUAAUUCUUUAAAUUGUGGUGGUGAUAGGAUUUACUUUCAUCUAUUUAAAUAGUUUUUAUUUCUUUAACAAUUACUUCCAAAUCUUGACUACUAAAGGUAGUUAUGCAAAAAUUGAUAGAUAGAUAUAUCAGAAAUAAUAGAAUACUGUGUUAUCUAUUGUCACAUUCUUCAGAACACUGAGUGCCUGGGAUGUAAAGUGAAACACAAACCCACAGUAUACUUGAAAAGAGUCUUUUUAUGGUUCAAGAUAUACCAGACUUUGUGAUAUUGUAUUGUGUUUACCUGUAUUUCUGUUACUAUCCUCUGUAUCACAUGAGGAUAGUCAUUAAAUAGGCCUCUGAUCUAGCAGUGAUAGAACAAGGGUAUAAUAUAAGAUAAAGUAUGCUUUAUAUUCUUCAAAUUUUUACUUUCUUAAUACUUUCUAGUUUUUCCACCAUCAACUGAAAGUUUUCAAGGUAAAUGUUUGAAAACCAGGCAUCUACAUAGCACUUUCAUUCCUGACUAGUUUUGCACACUUGAAAAUUGUUUACUUAUUUUACAACUGUACAUUUAUUUUAAGUUUUAUUAACACUGUGUUUAUUGUUAUUUGUCAUAUUCUGGCAUGUCAAAUUUAUGCCUUGAAUUACAUCAUCUCUUUUCCUGUGGGUUUCAUUAGUUAUAUUCAUUUAAUUUUAAUAAUAAAAACCAGAGCUUAUUUUUCAAUUUUAACUAUUUUUACUUAUCUUCUUUACAGAUAAGAAGUUAUUUUAAAAUUCACCAGCUUCCCAUAUUUAGCUCUAUAGUGUAGUUGAACUUAGCAUGUUUUUGUUAACACUGGUUAUGUUUUCAGCUUUUAAAAGUGGUAGCUUUUGUGAAAUGGAGUCAGAGACCAGUAUAGCACUGAGGUAUCUUCUAAUUCAUGAAAUUAACCAACAGCCAAUCCAUUCACAAGCUUGGCACUGAUACGAGCUGCUGAUUUAUAAAUCUGUCAUUGACUAGAACCAUUUGAAUCACUUCACUUCUGGCUGAGAUAAUUUCCUGAAGGUACCUGCCGAUGCAAAGUACAAAUGUUGUUAAUCUUACAUAUUAGAAGUUAUUAGAAUAGAUUUUAGAAAAAUAUCAUUUUUUUAAUCCAAGAGAAUUUGAGUUACUGAACUUUGAGGUUUUUUAGGUGGCAUAGGUAACUAUGCAUUAUGAACUCUUAAUUAAAUAUAUUUCUGAUGAUGGUUUUAGUGAUCAGUAAUCAAAUUUGUAUGAUUAUACUUGUUCAGAUAAUUUACUUGAUUUUUCUGUUUGUCCAAAAGAAAAAGCAGUGAGAGAGAUUUGUAAGAUCUUUGACCUUUCUACCUUCUAAGAAAUGGAGCCACCUGGCAAUGUAUAUUCAGGACCUACUCAGAGUGUUGGUAGAGAACAGAAUGUUUACUCAGGAGUACCUUAAUAUAAUUCAUACAUUUCUCUUGAUACAAGUCUUAAAAUGUCUGAUAGAUUAUCUCACAUUCUUGAUAAGUACCACCGAGUAAAACUUCAUUGCACUUAUUUUCCCCCAAAGUUUAAUUCCAUGAAUAUCUUCAUCUAUUUUACCUUUACCAAUUUUUAGCCUCUUCGUUUCUGGAAAGACUCUUUGUGUUCAAAAUUCCUAUGAAUUCUGGUUAUAAACUCUUGGAAGAGAGUUUUAUUUAUUUUGCCUAGUACUAGACUUCCCAGUAUAAAUGCUACCUGUGCCAUGCUUAUCUUUCCUACACAAAGGCAAUGUCAUCUCAAAUUGCCUGACAAGGUCAUGUAAGUAAGUGACUUUGUAUCAAAAACAUUACCUUUGGGGGCUGAUUUGCACCACUGUAUUUUUUUCAAGUCUAACUUCAGUAUUAAACCUAUUCUUUAAUUAUAGUAAACUCAUGAAUACUGUCCUAAGUUGGAGGAAUUAUUUAUCUCUCUACACUUCUAGAAUCAAAACGUUUAAUGGAGGACAACACUAGUUUCAAAGAGAUAAUGCAAGUCCUUCUGUUUAAUUGUAUCUCUUUACACUUAACAAUGCUUCUUCUGAUGUGUUUGUUAUAUCCUUAUAUACAAUCAAUGUCAUUUUGCUGUUCUAUCAUUUCCUUUCUUUCCUUUUCUUAUAUUUCUUAAAAUUUUCUUCUUUUAUGUGUGUUUUAGCAUGCUUUCUUUUGAAUUUUGUAUAAUAAACGUAUAUUUUUGUUUCUUUUAAGGUGGAACAGGUCAUUUUUUGUUUUUCUGCUUUUAAGUCUAAUGCUUUUAAAAGAGGUAUGUUAAUCCCUAGAGCACAGUGCCUUGCUUCCCCCAUUGCUUACCACUUGGCGGAUGGGCAUUGGAUGCUGCACGAGCCUUUAGGGCACUGUUUUGGUAGCUGUUGAAGUUUAUCCAGAAAUUGUAGCUGGUGUUUUAUUUUAUUAUAUAGUCAUUCAACUUGUUCAUAAUAUUAACUAUUUCCAGGGUUUGUUUGGAAGUUCCAACUGAUCUAUUCUUUAGUUCACCAUAUUUUUUCUGGUAUAAAAAUGGGCCAGAAAUAAGCCUUAUUGCUAAGGAAUUAAUUAUGUAAACCCGCAUAGACCCUGCAUAAGAUUCCCUCCACACACUUCCCUAUAUGUAUGUGGAAUUGGGUAGAAAAUGAGGCUGCCAGCAUUACCAGUUAUAAAUACUUGACUACACAGAUUGAUGGAACAAAAUUAUUAAAGUGUUUUCAGGGAACUUAAUCCAUAUGUCACCACCAAAGAUUUCUACAGUGUUAUAUGGUAUGCAGAUAUUCCAAAUUUCUGUAAAACAUUGGUUAGAUAAAUGUUUUUCUUUCUUUCUUUUUAAGUAACACAGUUUAUACUAUGGAAUGCUUGAACUUUUGUGUUAUUAAAAAUAAUACAACUGUUAAAUAUUAGUAAUUUGUAUUUUUAAUUGGAAUGAACUGAAUUUUUAUUUUGAUUUUCUUUUAUCAGGAAAAAUAAGAAGUUAAUAUGUAUUGAAAAGCAAUUUCCUAUGGUUUUUUCUGUUUAAGUUGAUCCAUUUGCCAAGCAGUUAUGUAAAUUUUGAAAAGAUCGUUAUUAUGGUAUGCAGUGUAUGUUUCUCAGUAAACAUCACUUAAGAGUAAAGCUUUCUGAAAGGAAAGUACAGCAUUUAUUCUCUUAAUGUUUUUAAGAUUUAAUCUUCUAGUAGUUUUCUACAGAUAUAAUGUAUUUUAACUCUUUAAACAUUGACCAUGAAUUAACGUUUUCUCUUCUAACACCUUUUAAAUCUAUGUACUUUAGUAGUUAAGAGAAAGCAGUUUUGCAAUUUUUAAUCCCUUUGUAAAGGUUAUCUUUAGGCCUAGUAUGGCGGUAAUUUUACAAAUGUGGUUUGUGAAAACUUUAAUAUAAAAUAAACUCACUUUAUUAGUGAUAACUUGUA